GGGAUUAUUUAGUAGGUAAGAAUUAUAACCAAAAGGGUAAAUAAUAAUAACAAACGAAUUUUAUAGUCAAUCUGGCUCAAAAUACGCACAAAAUUUGAGAAAUCUUUCUUUUGUUAGUUUUGUAUAAUAUAAAAGGACAAAUUGUAUCAUGUUUAGGUUCAAGAAAGUGGAUCACCGUAGCGCCCACAACUAUCUGACGUGCCUUGCUCACAUAUGCCUUUCUGGCAUCUCCGGGUGGUGCCUGAGUAAAACACUUGUGCUGGAAGUUUAUCCCAUAGCCGUGGUCAUCUUUGGCUUCAUGUUAUUGCACGGUCUCAUCGGUGUAGUUCGCUUCGGACACCCACAUCUGGUUGUUUAUCUCCGUUCUGUCUAUAGUGUCACCUUCAGUGCUAGUCGCAUAAUUCCUGUAGCACUUGUAACCACUCAACUCUAUCAACGCGUUAAUAAUUCAAUAUGGGCCAUUAUUCAAAUUUCAUCUACCGGUAUUCCUAUACUGGAUAUCAUUUUCACUCCUGGGGGUCAUGACACAAUCAAAUUCCUCAUCCUCCUUGGAAAUAUCAUGUCUCUCAUGUACUUUGGGAUCAUGGCAGACAACUACUGGGCUCUAGGACUUGCAUUGCUCUGCAUCAUCAAUUGCUUUGUCAUAGACAAAUUAGCAGAAAAUUUCUCAGUACCACUUAUUGACCUUUUUACCGUCGGUCUCUGUUUCUUCAAUAUAUUCGUAUUUAAUGUACUCAUUGAGCUGAAAAUUGAUCAGGAAUAUGACUUCUAACAAUUCGUUUUUUCUCUUAUUUAGUCAAAAAAAAAUCACAUGUAAAUAUAAAAAUUUUUGUUCAAAAACUAAAAAAAGAAAAAGAAAAAAAAAUUGUAUAAAAUUGUUGCAUUUUUGGAAGUGAAUAUUUUUUAUAAUAAACCAUUUUAUGGACGUGUUUACUUGAAAAAAGAA